GUAACAUAGUCACUCCUACACCGUCCGAUUAAAAGACGUGUUCCUCUCUCCCGGCAACAUUUUCAUUCUUUCUAUCUCUGCAAAUUAAGAAACGAAAAUUCAAUUUCUAUCUCUAUGGCAUCGGUUCCUACUACUUCCUAUCACGGUGGAAGCUAAAAACGGUAACGCACUUCUCAAUCACCCUAUGUCAUUUUGCCCCAACUAAUAAAACCGAAACCCUAACCCUAACCCCUCAUUCCUCUAGCUAUCUGUCUAUUUCUCUUUGCAUAUUCCAAAGUGAGCUUCAUGUACUCUCAAAAUCUGAUACUUUCCCCAGAAAACCCUAGAUCGCUGACGUUUUCUUCAAAACCGAUGAGCAAUGAGAUCGCCAUCGCCCAGAAGCCUCCCCCUUCAAUUCUCGUUGGCCGGUUCAAGGCUCUCCUCAAGGAAAGGGACGACGACGUUAGGGCCUCCUCCGGUGCCCCCGUGCCGCCGCCCACCACCGACGAAAUCGUGCAGAUUUACGAGUUGCUCUUGUCGGAACUCACAUGCAACUUGAAGCCCAUCAUCACCGAUCUCACCAUCAUUGCCGAACAGCAGAGGGAGCAUGCCAAGGGCAUCGCUGAUGCAAUUUGCAAUCGGAUUCUUGAGGUGCCUCCAGAUCAAAAGCUUCCUUCACUCUAUCUUUUGGACAGUAUUGUGAAGAAUUUUGGUCAGGAAUAUGUUAGAUACUUCUCUUUACGUCUGCCUGAAGUUUUCUGUGAGGCAUACAGGCAGGUUCAGCCUAGUUUGCAUCCUGCUAUGCGCCAUCUCUUUGGCACCUGGUCCAAAGUCUUUCGACCUUCUGUCCUAUGCAAGAUUGAAGCUCAAUUACAAUUUUCUCAAGCAGUUAAUACUCAAUCAUCCACCAUCAAUCCCAUCAGGGCAUCUGAAUCUCCUCGACCAACUCAUGGCAUACAUGUUAAUCCAAAGUACUUGCGGCAGUUGGAGCGCUCAACUGUUGAUAGUGUUGGUGGUGAAAAGUUGGACUCAUCAGGAAAUGCUAGUAAUACAAGUUUUGGCCUAGCUAGUAAGAUGCAUCAAUUUGUAUCCAGCAGUAGUAGGCCUGGAAUAUCCUCAUCACCUUCAAGAAUUGGAAUUGAUAUGCCUUCAUCUGCAUCUAUGGAUGAUUAUGCAGUUGACAAUUCUGCUGGCAGGAUAGUUGAGAGAGAGUCUCCUAAUCCUGUUGUUGAUUAUGGAGUAGCCAAAAUAUUAGGUAGAGAUGAAGAGUUGAGUAAAUGGCAGCAAAAGCAGUAUUCUGCUGAUGGUCGAAAUCGAUUUCAAACUUCUAUGACAUACAGCCUUAGUAAUGGACAUCAUCGUCAAAGUCCAAGAGCUCUAAUUGAUGCAUAUGGCAGUGACAAAAGACAAGAAACUCCAAGCAGUAAGCCUUUCUUAGUUGAACGGCUGGAUAGAAAUGGUAUAGACAACAAGUUGUUGUCAACAUCAUGGCAGAAUACUGAAGAGAAGGAGUUUGAUUGGGAAGAUAUGAGUCCAACAUUAGUAGACCAUAGUAGGAAUAAUGGUUUUUUUCCAUCAGCAAAUGGUUUCUCCCGGGAUAGGCCUGUUAUUGUUGCAGCUAAUGCAACUUUGGCAGAGGAAGAUAAUGGAAAGGGUUGGUCUAGUGGACCUCAGCUUCUUCAAGUAGAUGAUUCCUCUGUUAUAGCAGAAGAUGCAUUUGCCUCUUCGACUUAUGGUCGUGUAUCCCUGGGUCAGGUAUCUGGAUUCCAAAAUCAAAUAAAUCAUAGUCUUGGCUCCUGUCAACCUCAUGAUGAUUGGAAGAUUUCUCAUCAUCCUUCUAAUUCUUCACAACAUUUCUUUAAUAAUAGGGGGCGAGCAAGGAGUCUUCUGAUGCCUCCUAUUGAUAAUAUUCCCAAUACAGAUGUAAACCCAUAUCGGAUUCGACCUGCGGUGUCAAGGAUGGUUUCUGGUCUACCCUCUAAUAUGGAGGCUCGUUCACCAGUUUUGCCAGCAUCUUUUGAAAUAAGGCCUUCUGUAAAUGUGCUUGCCACUCAUCCUCCCACCUUAAAUCCAAUAUUUCCCUUGCAAAAACAUGUUAGGAGUCAGCUCGAAGCUAUAAAUACUAGUAACCCUAUUGUGAAUCAUGGUCCAAAUAAACCCUCGUUUAUGCCCGAACAGUCGUUUGACAGUAUUGAGAACAAGGAUGCAAGUAAAGCAAAGAUACAUCAGUUGCCUAAUCAGUUUGCUGGACUGAUUUCGUCCAACCAGAGGAACCGUGGCCAAGCACCACAACUACAGUUUUUUCCAUCUCAGGAUCCUUCAGCCUCUCAAUUUAGUCAUGGGAGCUCUUUGCAAGGGCAUGGUGCUUCUAUAAGUAAAGCUAUGUCAAAUCCACGACCUGCUAUACAAUUCUCUUUACCAGGAAGUAUUGCAAAUAACCCUUUACAUUUACAGGGGGGAGCCCUUCCACCUUUACCUUCAGGUCGCCCUCCUGCUCCAUCACAGAUGAUGCCUCAUCCAAAUGCUAGUCCAUUUGUGUCAAGCCAACAGCCAACUGUUGGAUAUACUAAUUUAAUCAAUUCACUUAUGUCGAAAGGGGUGAUCUCAUUGGCUAACCAGUCCCCUGUACAGGAUUCUGUUGGAACUGAGUUUAAUCCAGAUAUUCUGAAGGUUCGUCAUGAGUCUGCAGUCAGUGCCUUAUAUGGCGAUCUCCCUAGACAAUGCACAACUUGUGGGCUCCGAUUCAAAUGCCAAGAGGAGCACAGUAGUCAUAUGGAUUGGCAUGUGACUAAGAACCGGAUGUCUAAAAGUCGUAAGCAGAAGCCCUCUCGUAAGUGGUUUGUGAGUGACAGGAUGUGGCUUAGUGGUGCAGAGGCAUUGGGCACAGAUUCAGUUCCGGGCUUUUUGCCAAUUGAAACCACAGAGGAAAAGCAAGAUCAUGAAGAGUUGGCAGUGCCAGCAGAAGAGGACCAGAAUACAUGUGCAUUAUGCGGAGAGCCUUUCGAUGAGUUUUACAGUGAUGAAAUGGAGGAAUGGAUGUAUAGAGGAGCUGUAUACCUCAAUGCACCGACAGGAGCAACAGCAGGCAUGGAAAGGUCACAGUUAGGCCCGAUUAUUCAUGCUAAAUGCAGAUCGGAGUCAAGUAUGGCCCCCUCUGAAGAAUUUCGGUUGGAUGAAGGGGGUGCCAAUGAGGAGGGUUCUCAAAGAAAACGAAUGCGGAGUUGACUAAAAUUGAUCAAGUUUUGUGCACUGUAACUUAUGAUUUUCCAGUAGUGUAUGUUGUAAGUAGAGUUGAAUCUUGCAAUACCAUGGCUUCCUACCAAAGUUAUGUAUAUGUAUAGUUGGACUAGUAACAUGCAUAUUUUCUUGCAGCCAAAGGUUACAUCUUAACCUACAAUUAUUUCGUCCGACAUUUUUGUCCUCAGAUCAAAAGCUAUUACUAGUACUUUUUUAUUCUUGGGAUGGGGCACAGGAUUUUAAAACAAUGGAGCGGAGAUGCUAUCUGUUGGAUCUGUAAAUUACCACAGUUGCUGUUAUUUAGCGGGUAAUUCAUAUAGCUAGUAUCCGUAAGCGCUUACUGUUUGUAUUUUAUCAAACUCAUGCAUAGAUGAGAGCAGACUGCAGAGAUUUGAUAUCUAUUUCUUUU